AUGUUUCAGGAAUCUAAAGAUUUGAUAAUUAAAAAUUUUGUGACUCUCAUGAAAAAGUGCAAUGUAGAUGUCCUGGUACCACUGAUGUUGGACAAAGGAGUCUUCACUGAGAAAGAAAUAAACGAAAUAUUCUCCACAAAUGAUGCUAGACAGAACAAAAGAGUUUUCUUUUUCAAUAUUCAGAAAAAGGAUCAAGUGGUUUUCAAAAUCUUUUUGGAAAGCCUGAUAGAGACAAAUCAGAAACAAAUUGCUGAUCUAUUUCUGAGGCCAUCAAGAACAGGGGCCAGUGUUUUUAAAGAUGCUGUUUACAAUGAAGACUCUGGGGAUCUGCCCAAUUUGGAACUACAAAAUCACAAUCUACAUGUUGAUCCUAGUACUACUCCUUUGAAUGUUCAAGUUACAUGUUCUAAAAAUUUUUUUGACACUUAUGAACACAACCAUAACUUGGAGUUCUAUAAGUCCAGGUCUAUAAACAGGGGCAGAGCUGUCAUAAUUAAUAAUUACAGAUUCUCCCAAAACCAUCCAUAUAGAAAUGGUGCAGAAGUUGACAGUCAGAACUUGGAGGAACUAUUCUAUCAAAUGGGAGGAUGGGACUUUGUCAAACAUGAGAAUAAAACUGCCAGAGAAAUGCAAACAAUCUUAUAUGAAUUUCGUGACUGCCCCAAUAAUAAAGAUUAUGAUGCUUUCUUCAUCAUUAUUAUGAGCCAUGGAACUGAAAAUUCAAAUGAUACAGUCAUUUAUGGAAUAGAUGAAGGUCAACUGGAUUCAACUGAUGUACAGAACACUUUUUCUAAUGAAAAUUGUCAGUCCAUGAGAGGAAAGCCAAAAGUUUUCAUCUUGCCUAUGUGCAGGGGAGCAAGAAUUGACAUUGCCACAAAUGUUGAAAAUAAACAAAAUACAACUGAACAUGAUUCUAUACCUAACAAGUCCAACACUUCUACUUCCAUAACUGUUAGAAAACGUUCUACUGAAGAUAUGUUGGUUGGUUAUUCCACAUUGCAAGGUUUCAAAGCCCAUAGGGACACGAACAGGGGAUCGUGGUACAUCGAAUUCCUCUGUGACGUGUUCAUGAAACACGCACACAAUACUUCGGUCGACGAACUCCUGAUGAUGAUCGACCAGAGACUGAGAUACAGGGCAUCCGAGGAUUGUGGCAUGCAAACGGCCGAACACAGAAACAAGGGGUUCAAAAAGCUGUACCUGCAUCCGGGGAUUUAUUUCGAAGGUAAUGCCUUGAAGAAUUUUUGA